AUGUUCGCCGCCACUCGCGUCCUCCGCCAGGCUGCUGCGCACGCCGAGCGCACCCCCAGCAUUCGCUUCCUGGGCCGCCGCACCACUCCUUCGUCCAUCGACCACUCCCCUCAGCCUCAUCCCGCCUCGCCCACCGGCUCUCUCCCCGAGGGCUUCACGUCCGGCGCCAAGCACUCCAACUUCAGCUCCUACCGCCAGCACGCCCAGCAGCACGGCCCUCUCCAGAAGAGCAUCCGUGCCGGCAACGGCGAGCCCGGCAUCGGCGGCCUCUCUGGCCACGAGAUGGGCUCCGUCCGCCCCGCCCAGGGCGAGUUCUUUGACCGCUCCGAGCUUCCCGCCCGCUUCCGCCGCCAGGCCAUUCCCCUGGCCGAGCUCGAGGCUGUCGAGUCGGGAGGCGCUUCCCUCUUCGGCUGA